AUGUCCUCUCUACAAAUCAGAUCCGAGCAGUUUGUGUUUGAUACGCCUCCACUUCAUGGCUUGCCUGGACUGAAGAUGACCGCCAAACGAUACUAUACCCCCUUUUCAGACUCGCAAGGACUGACACUUCUGUUUGCGCAUGGAAUCGGCUCGCACAAGGAACAUUGGGAACCGAUGCUUCGCUAUCUGUUCUCCCACCAAAACUUGCAGCAGCCAAGUCGUAUACGUGAAGCCUGGUGUUUCGACUGGUUGAACCAUGGGGACGCUGCUGUAAUAAACAAGGCUGCACUCGAGCGCCGCUCGCCGGGGGACGUUUCUAUAGCAGAAUGGGCAGCAGCGAUUGCGUCCUUUGUCAAAUCACCGUUUCUCAGGGGCCACAGGCUAGUUGGCGUGGGGCACUCGGCAGGUUCCAGUGCAAUAAUACUCUCUACACGCGCAUUUCCCAUGCGCAAUCAACCCUUCGUUGCAGUGUUUCUCCUUGAACCUUCGAUGCUUACGCGCGAAUUGUGGACGUCUCACCUGAUGGAGAGAGAAACAUUAAUGAGAAGGAGCAUCAGAGCUACUCUCCGUCGACGUAGUGUGUUUGAUACUUGGGAAGAGGCGGCCGAUCAUUAUCGAAAACGGAAACCUUGGGCAGGAUACGAUCACGAGGUAUUUGAUAUCUUUGCACAACACGGUUUUCACUCGGUUGGUGUACAAGAUGGCAGCAAAGAGGAAACGAAAGUCGCUCUUAAAUGCGAUUUACACCAUGAAGCGCUUGCUUAUCAGGACGUCGAAAGCCAUUUUGAAGCUACCGACCAGUAUACCCGCCUUUGUCACGUGGUUCCUGUACACAUUGUGUUCGGAACCGUUCAUGAUUACAUUCCAUCUUAUUUCCAAGACUGCAUGACAGACGUCACACAGGGGAGAUCUCCAGCGUCUGUGAAAAGGGUUCCUGGAGCUGGCCAUGGCAUUCUUCAACAAGCUCCCGAAGGCCUUGCAAGGGCCGUAUCUAUCGGUCUGAAUUCAAUCACGAGGGAUUCGACUCCGCAUCUCCUGCAUCGACUGUGA